CAUAUUUUGUUAUUUCUUUCAAGUUUUUGUUCGUUGUAGGCAGUAGACCUUGGUUCACGAAGAAGCACAUGUUUAACAAAAUUCCCCAAAAAGUGUACUAUUCCAAGGUCAACUGAUACCACAAGAUGGCAGCAGGUGCAGUAACAGCUCCCUCCAUUAUUCCAUUGCGGUUGCCUGUAGCUGGAAAAUCCCAGACAGAGAUUGACACCAACACCUACAUUGAGCUCAAGACAGAUUUUCCCGAAACUCAAAUCUACUUCACCAUCGAUGGCUCAAAGCCUGAUCCCUUCCAGCAGAUCGGAGUGCGGAAGACACAACAGUAUAAGAAACCUUUCCUUCUCCAGGAGGGGAGGAAAACAGUUAGGGCUAUUGCAAUAACCAAAAAUCGAGAGAGUAACAUCGUCAGCAAGACCUUCACAGUGGAGUGGGCACCAGGCCAAGAGAAAUACGAGACUGAUGAUGAGAGCUUUCAAGAUCGCAUCGCUCGCAAGCAGACACCUGGCCUUCAGCUGACAGCCAGCAAGACAACAGCGGCAAUCAUGAAGAAAGUGCUGGAGGAGUCCCAGAAACCAGUCCAGGGAUCCAACUACCGCAAGCCCACCACUGGAACACGGUUCAUGGAGGCUAGGUUAGGCAGCAAACCAACUGGCACAGCGGCCAAGGAGAAAGCAAAACACAACGGCCAGGCUCAGCAGCUUACAAGCCCCAAGCCCGAGGAUAAAGGGAAGGCUAUACCUAAGAACUUGACCCAAGCAAACCGACUGCAACGAGAAACUGACUUUCUCAAGUGCAUAUUCUGUGCUGCAGACAGACCAGCAGAUCCGUUUGCCAGGUUCUGCAUAGCAUGCGGUAAUCCUGUACCCCCGUUGCCCAAUGCUAGAUUACCACCUCCAGAGCCAGCACAGCUGGGUAUGUGUGUAGGGUGCAAUGCCAUGGUGCCGCUGAAUGUGACUAGUUGUCUGAUAUGUGAAAUGCCUAUAGCACCACAGCUGGUUCCACAAGCUUCCGUCAAACUCAAGGAUAAGCUAGUGUGCAAUGAGUGUGGGACUGGAAACCCAGCCAAUAUGGAGUACUGUGUCACAUGUGAAUGCCCACUGACUGGAAAUAAUCGACACUUGAAGAUGGUGUGGCCAAAGAUGGUAUUUCCUGAGGCUACUCACAGUGGGGCAUCUGCCCCUCCUCUGCCCAUGAAAGGAGGCCGGCUCCUCUGCUGUAACAAGUGUGGGCGAGUGAAUAACAGUGAUGCUCGUUUCUGUGAUUGGUGUGGUGCUAAGCCGGCACCAACAACACACCUACUGACAUGCUCUAGGUGUCAGAGUAGCAACCAAGCUUACGCCACCUUCUGCCAUUCCUGUGGCUGCUCAAUAGAACCUCCACCACGAGAAGACCCUCGAAAUAACGGCAUAACGGUCGGUGGAAGGAGCACCUCUCAGGUGAUAGAUAAACAAGCCAAGGCAGCUUGGGUUCCCAUGUCCAUGCCUCAUCCUGAGCCAGAGAAGAUCACCGUUGGCACACAGACUGCGGGCUUGUUUUUCCCAUCCAACAAGAGGCUAGAGCAGCAAGGGAAGGGACAGGGAGAUCAGAGGAUUCUUACAGAAUCCGCGGCGGAGAAGAAACCUGUACUGACUGCUGUCAGUCCUGGAAAAGGUUACUGGAGACAGCAAAUGGAUCACAUUUGUGGGCAUCUGAAGGCACAUGCACAGAAUAACCAGGACUUCAGAAACUUGAUCGCAGAGCCACGGAUGGGCAAGCUUCAAGGAGCCACUGUGCAUGAGGACGGGUAUGAGUUGAGCAUCACGGCAUGUUUUGUCCUACGAGGCAGUAAAGAUGACUUCACCGGUAAGCCACUUGGAAUAACCAAGAAGAGCCUGUUGAGUGACACAACUGACGUUCCAAAUGAAGUGUUCACCAAGACAUCCCACGCUCUAGGAACAUCAGCCAAACAAGAGAAACCAUCCACACCCAAGAAAAAGCUGAAGAAAAAAGCUGCAGAUGACAAACUAACAGCCAUAGACCGAGACCUGUUGAAGGAGUUAGGAGCAAAGGGAGACGGAGAUGAGGAGGAGGUUCAACGUCUCCUGGAUGAGGGAGCUGAUGCCGUGUGCGAGACGAGCGAAGGUAUCCCUGUGCUAGCCGUCGCUGCCAUGAACAGACACUGGGACAGCUUGGAGACACUGGUCAACAAUGGAGCUGAAAUCAACAAGAAGGCAGGACCCAAGGGCAACACUGCCCUCCAUGAAGCCGUUCUGCUCGGCAGAGAUGGUAGACAGGGUGUUGAAGAACUGCUGGCCCUUGGGGCAAGCUCCAAAGUGAAGAACGCUCGGGACGAAACAGCCUACGAUCUGGCCAUCAAAGGAGGGGAAGAGGCCAUCAUCUCCCUGUUUGCCUCCACGGCAGGCCAAGGGAUGCUGGACAAGCUGAUGAAGCAGAGCUCAAGACCCCCAGCCGAGAGGUUCUGAGUUUGUUGUUGCUUGCAGGUCUCACAGUUGACUUUAUCCACUCCAUGCAGGAACAAGAGUGGGUAUGUUUUAAUAUAUUAAAGAUGGUCCUUUGAUGGGAACUUACCGCAGGUUCAUACGUAUUUGGCACGGGGCGCACUGAGCAUGCAAGAUUGAAUUUUGUUUGAAUGUAUGGUCUUUGCAUGUACACUGGGUAUGUUCUUAAGCUCACUUGAAAAACUCCUUUCUAGCAUGUCUUGUCUUUGCCGGUGAGGGUGCACUUCGCUAAAGACAGAUACAUGUACAUACAAAGCAAUGAUGGGAAAGGUUGGGUAUUGCAACAUUUUGAAUUCAAGAUGAGUGUCUGCCAUUAGGGAUGAUGAAAUGACCCUUAAUUAAUUCAGUCUACUAAAUGUGCAUUCAGUGUUUCAGUUUGGAUUCAGCAGGUGUCUUACUAUCAGAAACAAUUCACUCUUAUUGUUCUAAGUCGAAUUGUGGUUGGGUUCAUAGAAAAAGAGAAUAAAAUGCCUUGAAAGGCUCGGGGGAGUUUCAAUUUACAUUUAUUGUUUCAGCUUUUGAGGACUUUGGGGUUUCUGCUGAUAAAUGAAUUGUUUCACAUUUUACUUCAUUCAAAUUUGACUUGUAUUAGAUAUAUUUGAAAGAAAUCCUCGUUCUGUAAAUCUGCCUCUGUGGGAAGAAACGGAGAGGAGGGUUGUCAACCCUGGUCUGGUGUGGCAAAAAAACCAGGUUUUCAAACAUUUUACGGGCAUUAUCUAUAAAUUCCUGCAUAUUUUUAAAAGAAAAUGCCUUUUAUUAUUUUCAAAAGGCAUCCAAAAUCAGUCCCCUAAAAUUGCAGGUAUCCUUCAGAGAAGUAAUUCUAGUUCAUUCAAACUAAAUUUAUAUGAUGCAAAUUUUGAAUUUAAAAAAAAUUUUUAAGACCUAAUUCAUAUUAGAUCAGUUAAAAUGGCAGUUUCAUUUCCACAUUUCCUCUGCAGUUGGCAUAGAAAGUUAAGCUAUGAUUUCAAUUUAGCAGGGAAGUUUAAAAUUUGGAUUAUUUCUGCUAUCAAAAACCGUUGGUCUUUCAGGGUAGAAUAAGGUAUUUAUAGGUACAUCGAUAAGGGAGUGAAUAAAUGUUUUAUGUGAUCUAUUUUGAUCCAAAUGAGUUCAAAUGAA